AUGACGUCCCCGGUCCGGUCCCCUCCCCUCCCCUCCCCUCCCCUCCCUCCCUCGAACGCUCUCUUCUUCGCGGCAGUCGACGACAGCGACGUCCUCCUCGGUUCGUUCACGUGCGCGGUGCUCUCCGGCGUGAUCGUCCAGGGGAAGAUGUACGUCGUCCGCGGCGUCACCGGCGCGCGAGUGCUCUUCCACUCGAACAUCAUGACGAUCGUCACCACGCGCGAGCUUCGCAUGCGCGACGUCGAGAGCGUGGAGAAGAUACAACGCGUCGGCGUCCUCGCGGCGAUCGAGAUAAAGGCCAGAGACGGCUCGAGGGAGACGUUCUGCUCGUUCCUGUUCAAAGAGAACGCGUACCGGUGUCUGAAGCAGGCGAUGAUCGAGGACGGCGGCGGCGCCAGGGUCGUCGACCGCGUCGCGACGGCGACGGCGACGGCGACGGCGACGGAGGCGGAAAUUUCGGCGGCGGCCGAGGAGGCGUCGUCGUCGACGCCGCCGCCGCUUCUGACGCGUCGAAACAGCGCCCCUCAACUCUUCGGGGAAGAGGGUCGGCCACCUUCCUCCGUCGCCUUGAGAGACGGCGGCGGCGAGCGCGUGUACGCGAAGACGUUCCCGAGGACGAGCGCGAGCGCGCUGUUUCACGCGAUGUUCGACGAGCGCGAAGCGACGUUCGCGAAACACCUGAGAACCAAUUGCGGCGCCGUGAACGUGUCGUCGUCGCCGUUGAUCGACAUUCCGACGCGGCGUCCGCGCGCGCGCGCGAGCGAGCGCGUGAUGACGUACAACGUCACGUUCCCCGCGUCGUGCGUCGUCACGGACACGCAGAGGUACGACGAGGAGCGCGACGGCGACGGCCGCGCGUUCGUCAUGCGGUCGAUCGCCGCGACGCGGGGCGUGCCGUACGCCGACGCGUUCAUCGUCGAGACGCGCGUCAUCGUCUCGGACACCGCGGCGAACGAACGCGACGACGAGGACGACGAGGAGGACGACGGGGACGUGAACGGUGGUGGCCGCGGCUGCGACGUCGACGUGCGAUGCGACGUCGAGUGGAGGAAGAGCGCGAACGCGGUCGUGAAGUCGCUCGUGGAAGGGAACGCGAGGGAACGGGUGAAGAAGAGCUUCCGAGCGUUCUUAGAGCAGGUCGAGGUCGACGCGGGGAGAGAGACGGGCGUCGUGGACCGAGGCCGAGGGAGCGUCUGGAGCCCGCGGCGGAAUCGCCGGUCGCCGUCGCUCGGUUCCGUGAGGUUCGAUCCGUCGCGGCCGCCGCCGCGCGCGGCGCCGCCGAGGGUCGCGUCCGCGCCCGGGACGGCGGCGGCGUCCACUCCACCUCGCAGCGACGAGUCCGCGACGAUCCCGACGACGUGGUGGUCGCGGUGGCGGCGUGCGCGCGAACGCGAACGCGAACGCGUGGGGUCCGGGUCGCUCGCGCCGGUGGCGGCGGCGGCGUGCUUCGCGCUCGCGUUGACGCUCGCGCCGCUGUCGCUCUACCGCGCCGUCUUCGCGCUCGUUUUCGUCGUCGUCCUCGCGGCGAAGAGCGUGCGGGGCGCGGGCGGCGGCGCCGUCGGCGACCGCGACCGCGCCGCGCCCGGGUUCCUCGAGAGCGCCGUCGCGUCGGCGAGCGACGCGGACGCGCCGGCGACGCGACGUGCGGUGCGCGACGCGUUGCGGCGCGCGGCGAAAGACGACGCGCUUCUCGACGCGCUGUGCGAGGAGCUGAACCGCACGAGCGCGGAGCAGACGAGACGAUGA